UUAAGGACAUGGGUCGAUCUGACAAAGCAUGCUUUAAAAGGUUAGACCCUUUGAUGUAAAUAAUUUCGAAAUAGAGUCACAUUUUAUCACCAUUGUAUUUUACAAGUUUAAAAACAAACAAAAAUUAUAUUUAUAUCUCUAAAACCGGUCAUGGACUUAAAAAAGGACAAACAGAAUGGAUUGGCUAAAGGUCUCUUACUAGAGAGAAAACAGCGCAUAUCUAUUAAAGGUCAUGGCGAUAUGUAUAUUAAGAACACUCAAACCCAGGUUCAUGAGCUCUAUGGAUGGGGGCGCAAAGAGAAAUCUCGAAAGAAUACCUCCUCUUGCAAGGAGGCCGAGUUACUAACGACCAGUGGGCAGGUGGAUGCCUUGCACAAAAAGAUUGAAAAUGAAAUAGGAAAAUUGAAGAAUUUCCGUAGGUCGUUUUUGAAAGGGGCUAUGGGCCAUCCUGAAAACCUAAUGCAAACAUUCAAUUUGGACAAUAGUUCAAUGGCACCCAAUUGGGAGGAGGUGCUAGACUUGGAAAUCGGAUCACCGAAGACUCGAAAUAGGAAACCGAAAUUUCGCACCAUGUGCGUGAUGUCCUCGCCACGAUCGAACAGCAGCAUUGAGCUAUAUUCCAAGCCAGUGUCAGCUGGCACUGAUAGUCAACGAAUCAACUCAUGCAAUCAGCCGAUACCACGAAUGUGCGGUGGUUGCAACAAUGGGUGCUGCGAUGAAAAAACGAUGGCAUACUCAGUCUAUCAGAGAGACUUCUGUAAUAUGGGUGCUGCAUCUGAAUGUCGCAUGGCGGACUGCUAUCAGCAUUGUUAUCCCAGCAAUUCUAGUUAUAUAAGUUGUAAUAUGCCGACAGCCUUACCCGGACCCGUGCCGUGUUCACCCAACUGUCAAUGUCCUGUAGGGUCAGUUUGCCAACAGGUGGACAUGUUAAUGCCCCAAGGGAGCGCCUGCGAGGUAUGCAACUCCCGAUGUAAUAGAAAGCGUACAACAGACUUGCAUACGGCGGACUUCUGUUGCAACUGGUAUCCAGAACCGGCAGCAGCUUUGAAGCGUAGUUUAAAAUCUAAAAGAGAAACGCUGCCCAAAUACUACAUUGCGCCACAACAGCCAAAGCUGGGAAGUAGUAAAGAAAAGGGGAAAAUCCAAAACCCCCCUAAAAGCGUAGACAAAAUAAUUAAGAUUUCUUUUAGGAAGCAGAAAACUCAAAUAAACGAUACUAAAAAAAUAGACAAAGAAAAAAUGAUCAUUAAAAAAUACGUGCCAGUAAAAAAGCAACCAGAGAACAUGGACGAGAUUCACAUGCACCGCAAAUAUAUGGAGAUGUAUAAUACAGAAAAUAAUAAAACUGCCAUCAAGGAUUCAAGCCAAAACGAAUCGGAGAUUAAUGUUUCUCAGACUUAUACAAAUCUGCCUGUACAGAUGGUCAACAGGACUGAAUUGGCUACAUCCUAUAAUCAAGGACUUCAUCGCUCUUUAAAUCGAAACCCGAUUACCGCUACUACUAGGAACUCUCGGCAGGGACCUGUAGAACGUGUGAGACAACUCAGAUCAGUAGAUCAAAUAAAGGUGACGGGGUCAAAUAAAGGUGCGCAAAGUACAACUUGUAAGCGUAAGACUCUGUGCAUUAAGCGUAAUGAUCAGGUGGAAAGUGUUUCACGAAUAAAACAGGAUUCGGAUAAUAUUAUCGUUCAUUUCAAUCGACAACCAAUUGUGCCGGAAAAUCAAGUGCCACCUGUUCAGCCGGUCUCGAGCCACAGACCCCCAAGAGCUCAAACGGAUGACGGAUUGAAUCGACCACAAAUAAAGCACUUAGUGAAUAACCAAUUCUGUCAAACGCCUAAAAAUCUAAUGCCAUCGGGUAGCGAAAACUCGAGCCACAGAUCCAAAAUCCAAGAAACCCAAACGGAUAUCCAAUUAACUCAUCCACGUAUAAUAAGUAACCAGUCCAGUCAAACGUCACCUAGAAAUCGAAUGCCAUAUUUGCUAAUGACUUCGGGCUAUAGCACACAACCAUCCCAUGUACAACAAACCCAAACCAACAUUCGAGACGAUGAGGAGGAGCGGCGGGAAGGACAAACAAAAACACCAAGCCUUAACUUGAACUCGAAAAAAGCAUCAACUUUUCGUGAGCAAACGGCUUUCACUGAAACUGAUAGGAGAACUCUUGGAACUGAACAAGAAAAUGGUCCUUAUGUUGGUUCAGCAAGAAAUGCAUCGAAGUUUGACAACAACCCAACAACCAGUAGAUCUGUCAAAUCGCAGAUAACCCAGACAACAAGCUCUGCUAGAAUUUGUAUUCCUUGGAACUCACUGAGUAGCAAAGGGGGAAGCCAAAGAAAGAUCAAAUAUUAUAAACCAGGGAUUCGACACAAACUAAUUCAAAUUUCAAAUUCCACGUCCACUUGUAAACUGUCCAAAGCACAUAACACCACAACCCCUAACCAUAGUGAUAGCAAGUACGAAGACUUUGGAGGCCAGACCAGCUUACCGGUUAUCCCAGCUAAUACAAAAUACAAGUGUUGCCUAGAGGAACGUGCUGAAAUAAAUAAUCAGGCCACUCAGGCCACAGCUUUUCGAAGUACUAAAAAUGUUAUCAGCUCUGAUGGCUCCGUAGAAAAUAAAGCUCUGUCAGUCCAUACUGGAUUGCCAGAUUCAAACCAUUCAAACUCUGAGCUCUGCGAUGAGCCGGUCACCUUUGAAAAUAAGCCCAGCACUUCGACGAGCCAUCAGAAACCGAUAAUUCAUCAAAUCAGUUGCACAGUACAAGGGGUUCGGGAAAAGCGUAGGCGUUCAGUCACAUUCCAAGAUGAAAGGGAACUUAGCAACCGCAGCGUCGUUUAUUGGGAGCAAUUGUCCACACAAUCCAUGGAACAAAAGCGAGAACGAGAACCAGAGCAAGACCCUGCCUUUACUGAAGAGCGACUUUAUGAUAAUGGCUGUAACCUUGACCUUGACCUAUUAGAUUCUUACAGAUCAAGUAGCACGGCAAACACUGAGUUUACGUGCAAUGAAUCCAACUAUGAGGACGAGUAUUCAACCUGUAAUGAAAGCCGAAGCCAUCGCGAUUAUAUACCGCCCUUUACUGGAUGUCCCUGUAUGUACAAAGCGUACCUGCGGCUGAUUGCUAAGUGUACGCCGUUGGAUGACUCCUUUAAAUGAGAUCCCGUUAAUUGCAAUUCAUGCACUUAAUACUUAAUUAAGUGAAAACUGAUUUAUUUAUUUUCAAUUUUACAAGUACACUUUCUAUAAUCAAAUCUCUAAUAUAAAUAUAUUUCCAUAAAUACUAUAUACGAAAAAGACUUGCCAGACUUCAGUUACAGUCAUAACAAGUAAGAAAACUCUAGUUGGAAAACUCUAGUUGAAUCCUAUUCCUGUGUUUUUUUUAUAUUUUCAAUAGUUUGUAUCGAGUAUUAAAAACAAAUAAAAAUCGACAUUACGACACCAAAAAUACAACCAACGCAAUGCGCAUCAAUUGUACCAAC